AUGAAAUGGGGCGCCAAUCAAAUCAGAGCCAGUUUUUUUAUUGAGUUAGAAAAUAGAUUUGGUGAAUCUAUUUCAGAUAAUAUUAAUCAACAAUAUAAAGAGAUUAUUUAUAGAAUUAUACAGAGAAGAGGUUUUUCAUUUCCAAUAGCCACAUAUGAAUUUUACAUAAUCUUAAAAACAAAAACAUUUAAUGAAUCUAAAUUAGAAAAAAUUACUAAUUUAGAUUUAAACACAAUUCAAAGUAAGUCUAACAGAUUGAAUUUUUUUGAAUGUUUUUUAUUAAGAUUUGUUCAUGUUUUAACAUAUCAACAUUAUAAUGAUUAUAAAUAUUAUAAAGAAGAAAAUAUAGAAUUUAUUAAUAUACUCAUAGAUUUGUUAAACGAGUAUAUUAAGUUUUAUUCGUAUUUUUUAAAAUUAAAGGAAGUGGUUAAUAUGAUAAACAAUGAUGACAUUGAAAAUUUACAAAGUACAAAAGAAGAAUUUAUUGAUUUAAUUGACAAAAAUUUUCUUUCUCGUUUUAAUUCUUUUACUGAAAAUGAGAAAUUAUAUAAAUGUAAGAAAUUUAUUGAAAGUAUAAACAAAUUUUUUAAAAUUGGUAAAUUUUAUCAACGUGAAAAAAUAGAAUAUUUUAUGGUAUUUGAAUACUUUGAAGACAUUUCAAAAUUACGUGGUAUUAAACUUGAUAAAAAUCAUAUGAAAAAAAUUUUUAAAUUAAUAAGUUAUAUGUAUCUCGGGUAUAUUCAUUCUUCAUGUGAAACAAAUUUGAUUUCAACAAGAAAUAGUUAUUUUGAGGCCGAAAAAAUAAAAGUUUUACGUAAUUUUAUUAAUUUAAUGAAUAGAGUUCCAUGGAAUAUUGAUCAAUAA